AUGGGGGAUGCAGCUGUCAUGACGGCAGCUGAGGUGCAGGGACUGGUAGCUCGAACGCUACCAUCCUUUUACACUAGUUCGCCAAGGUUUUUGCAGAGUAUAUCAGACCAUGAUCUGGCGCUUCUGCUACCCAUCCUCAUAUACUGGGGCGCAUCACUUGCAUACCAUGCGCUGGAUGUGAUACGGCCUGCAUGGUCAGAGAAGUACCGGCUGCAUGCGCCAGAAGAGCUAGAGAAGCGGAAUCGAGUGAGUAUGAAGCGCGUUAUUGCAAUGGUCGCAUUUCAACACGCGAUCCAGACGGCGUUGGGCAUCGCAAUCAUGGAAGAUACACCCGCGACCAAGACACGCCGACUAGAUGCAGAUCCGUUUACGGAUAUUCCCGCGCUUGUACAGACUAUGCGUAGCCUGCAUCUGCCACUGUAUGAUAGCGUACUUGUGCGUGCUGCCAUCGCGCUGUACUGGUGGGGAAUUCCGUGGCUUCAAUUCUGGUUUGCAUGCUUUGUUCUAGAUGCUUGGCAAUACAUGCUGCACCGCACCAUGCAUGAGGUGCGAUUCUUGUAUCGCACAAUGCACUCGCACCAUCACCGACUGUACGUGCCUUAUGCAUUUGGUGCUUUGUACAACCACCCACUCGAAGGCAUGCUCCUCGACACGCUCGGCGCCGAGCUGGCUAGGGUCGUAAGUCGCAUGACUCUUCGGCAGACGAUGGUGUUCUUCACUCUUUCCACGUUCAAGACCGUGUGUGACCACGGUGGGUAUGCAUUCCCAUGGUACUUCAAUCCCAUCCACGCGCUCUUCCCUAAUAAUGCGGCCUACCAUGACGUGCAUCAUCAGACACAAGGCUUGCGCUACAAUUAUUCGCAACCAUUCUUUGUACACUUUGACACGAUCCUCGGUACCAGAGUCGAUCCAGAGGACUUCCACACAAUGCUUGAAAAGAAGGGUCUUCAGACGAGGAAGAUCGCUAGUGCAAAGAACGACAAUGAGGCGGAGGAGGAGAAUGCACGUCCUGCACGGCUGCCCGUGCCAAAGCGGUCGUCACCAUAUUCAACGGCUACAGUGUGGUCAAGCGUGCUAUUUAUGGGCAUCCUGGCUGUGCCCGUGCUGGUGUAUUCAGUUGUGUAG